UUGGUAGCGAUAUCGUUGCUAAAGUUGCUAAAGGGGUCACUGCCAAAGGGAUGGUCGGGUUAGUAAAAAGGUGGUCGGAAACCCUAACUCAAAAUAGAGAAAAACCCUACAUUACAGCCACCACAUGCCUUUGCCUGUCUCACUGUCUGUCUCCCCCAAGUUAAUGGAUAUGGAAACCCUAACACAAGAAGAUGACAAUGAAUCAGCCUAUAAAAGAUUUUCAUUCCCAAAUGAAAUCAUACAAGAAAUCAUUUCAAGACUCCCAAUCAAACCCAUUCUCCAAUUUAGAUCUGUAUCCAAACAUUGGCUAUCCCUCAUUUCCCAUGAUCCUUGUUUCCCCAAAUUGCAUUUCAAUCGCUCUCUCGCCACCCACGACCGCACAUCCUUUUUCAUAUCCGCUUUUGACAAACUCACCCAGGAACGACACUUUCUGACGGCACCUCUUGAUGGUGGGCCCGUCACUCAUCUCAUCACACUCCAUGAUAGUCACUAUGAUGACAGUGAUGCUGAACAUCUCAAUGGGUUAGUUUUUUUCACUUCUAGAAAUGUUCCUAUAUAUGGAAGUUCCGGUUUCGUUAUAAACCCGGCCACUCGUAAGGUUUUUAAAGUCCCUCCUCCCCCUAAUCGUGACUUUCCGAUUUACUUUUUUGGGUUUGAUGAGUUUAGUAAUGAGCAUAAUAUUUUGUGUACCUGCUAUAGUAGUAUUCGACACCCCAUAGCUAUCGGGUUUAUGAUAUUCUCUUUGUCGACUGGUUCUUGGAGACAGAUUCCUGUGGAUUUGGAGGAGCUUUUUCCUCGUCCACAUAUAAUUCGUCGUAUCAAACAUAGUGUUUGUGUUAAUAGUGUCAUGUAUUUCAUGCUUAAUGCAAGUUAUCAAAUCUUGGCGUUUCACUUGACAACCGAAAAGUUUUCCAUUAUUAACCUUCCUCAGGGUGCUAUUCCACGUGAAUUAACUACACGUUUCACCAGGCACGGCAGGGAUACUCGGAAGGGCAACUCUCCUUUUUUAAUAAUAGAUAAGGGACUACUUGGAGUUGUUUGUCAUGAUCUCGUGAUGGAAACCAACAAAAUACAUAUAUGGUUUUUACAAGACUAUGUAAACCGUGUUUGGGUUAGAGAAACCGUUAUGGUUCCUGAAUCUUGGUUUGAUUUAGAUUUUUUCAGGCGAAUACAGUAUUAUGAUGUGCAUAGUUAUGUUUCUUCUUGCCGUAGGCUGUCUGGGGAUAUGGUCAAUGCGUUUAUCCUUGACAUGAAAACUAAAAGUUUCAAACUAGUAAAUUUUAAUCUGGUUUAUGAGUUCCUGCAUUCAAAUUCAGUGUGGUUUCAGCAAAUUAGGAGUUAUGUUGAAAGCGUUUUGCCGUUAAGAGAAGAAUGAACCAUGAAUUUCAUGAUAAGUAGCUCCAUUGGGUAAUGUCUAUCUCGGAUGAAAGCUCUUGGAAAUGCUCUUUUUUUUUCUAUGCAGUCAGGUUUUUACUUUAUUUUUUUAUCGCAUGUACUGGUGGUCUUAAGAUGGUUUUAGGAUUUCUGAUGUUAACUACCGUUCUGUUUAUCGUAUAAUCGUAUUUUACUA